CCUUAGGUUCGUGCAACCAAGCUUGCCCUUUCCACUCCCUCCCCGUCCCACGACGAGCGAAUGGCCAGAAUGCAGCGCCUUUUCUCGAUUUGUGUCGCUGCCGCAUCGCUUGUCACGGCCAUUGACCCUCCCCGAUUCCCGCAUCAGCCCCUCGGCAAUGGCACCAAGUUGUUGACGUACAAUGUUACCACGGGUAGCCCCGGCGAGCUGUCCGUCUCGAGGACGUCGGUGACAUGGGUGAAGUCAGAUAGCGACGGCGACUUCAUCACCACGGACGAGGACGGGUCCUUUAUUUUCGAGAAUGUCGUCAGUGGGAACCGGACAACGUUCCUGGCCGCCGACAAGAUCCCGGCCGACUACUGGGAUUACUGGAUUUCGUCCGACCAGAGCAAGAUCCUCUGGGCUGUCAAUUACACGAAGCAGUAUCGCCACUCGUACUUUGCGGAUUACCUCGUCCAAGAUGUCGCGACCGGUCAGACACAAUCGCUUGUUCCGGGCUCCAAUGGGACCAUCCAGUAUGCCACGUGGAAUCCCAUCUCUUCCUCACAGGUCGCCUUUGUACAAGGCAACAAUUUGUUCAUCUGGGACGAAGGCAAGAUCAGUCAGAUCACCAGCAACGGUGGCCCGGACAUGUUCAACGCGGUUCCCGACUGGGUUUACGAGGAGGAAAUUUUCGGCAGCAAUUACGCGCUGUGGUACUCCCCGGACGGCGAAUACAUCGCCUUCCUCAGCUUCAACGAAACGGGCGUCGAAACAUUCACCAUCCCCUACUACAUGGACAACCAGGAGAUUGCACCACCUUACCCCCGUGAGCUCGAGCUGCGGUAUCCCAAGGUCGGCACAACCAAUCCCACUGUGGCGUUCAAUCUUCUGAGUGUUAAGGAUUUGACAACAACUUCCGUGCCCGUCACAGCAUGGCCCGCUGAUGAUCUCAUCAUUGGUGAGGUUGCGUGGGUGACCGACAGCCAUGACAAGGUCAUCUACCGGGCAUUUAACCGCGUGCAGGACCACGAGAAGCUUGUCGUUGUGGACACCAAUUCCACGUCAGCCACUGUCACCCGUGAGCGGGAUGGUUCGGAUGGGUGGCUGGACAACAACCUCGCCAUCAGCUACAUUGGCCCCAUCGCAGGAAGUAACCGCACUCUGGCCCGCAGGAACUGCAAUGGCCAGAACUCUACCCGUUAUUACCUCGACAUGUCGGACGAAUCGGGCUGGAAUCACUUGUACCUCUUCUCCAUCGACGGCCGCCACAAGGUUGCGCUUACAUCUGGCGAGUGGGAAGUCGUUUCCAUUCUGAAGAUCGACUCGAGUCGCGGGCUUGUCUACUACACCUCGACCGAGGGCCACAGCACCGAACGACACAUCUACUCGGUCUCGUACAUCACCAAAGCCAAGACUCCUCUCGUCGACCCCAAAGUCCCCGCGGUCUGGUCCGCCUCCUUCUCGUACGGCGGUGGGUACUACAUCCUCAGCUACAACGGACCCGAUGUACCCUACCAGGAGCUCCACUCCAUCACGUCCCCGUCCGCCUCGAUCCGCACCAUUACCUCCAACGCCAGGCUGUACUCAGCCCUCCAGCAAUACCGCCUCCCCAACAUCACCUACCUCGAGCUGGCCCACCCCUCGGGCUACACGCUCAACGCCAUGCUUCGCCUGCCCGCGAACUUUGACCCCGCCAGGAAGUAUCCAGUACUGCUGACCCCUUACGGCGGACCGGGGGCGCAGCAGGUGAGCAAGUCGAUGGCGUCGUUCAACUGGAACGCCUACAUCGCGUCGGACCCGGAGCUUGAGUACAUCACCUUCACGGUUGACAACCGCGGAACGGGGUACAAAGGCCGCGCGUUCCGGGCAACGGUGGCGUCGCGCCUGGGCGAGCUCGAGGCGCAGGACCAGAUCUGGGCCGCCAAGGAGCUGGCGAAACACUCUUGGGUCGAUGCCGACCGCAUCGGCAUCUGGGGAUGGUCCUAUGGCGGGUACCUGACGGCUAAGGUUGUUGAGGUUGGGGAUCCGAUUAUUUCGAUGGGUCUGGCGACCGCGCCUGUGGCGGAUUGGAGGUUCUAUGAUACUAUGUAUACGGAACGGUAUAUGAAGACGUUGGAGGGGAAUCGGGAGGGGUAUGCCAAGUCGGCGGUGAGGAAUGUGCAGGGGUUUAAGGCUAUUAGAGGCGGGUUUCUGGUGCAGCAUGGCACAGGGGAUGAUAAUGUGCAUUUUCAGAACGGGGCGGUUUUGGGCGAGCUGUUGAUGGGUGCGGGAGUGAGUCCGGAAAGGCUGGAGGUGACGUGGUUUACGGACUCGGAUCAUAGUAUUAGGUAUAAUGGGCAGAAUGCGUUUGUGUACAAGCAGCUGAGCAAGAAGCUGUUUGAGGAGAAGAAGAGGGUUGAAGAGAAGGGUGCGCACCAGUGGAGUAGGAGGAGGGAGGGGAGGCAGACGAGGUGGACGACAUGAUGCGUGAUGCAAGAGAUUGGAUAAAUAUGUAUUCGAGUAGAUUUGAAGAAGCAUUGGAUAAUAUCAAUACUGUAAUGAGCAGUGGUGAC